AUGCUUCUCUCGCUUCCCUCUACGAGGAAAGGCAUUCCAGUGGGAGGCAGGAGCAAAUCGACGCUGCGUGUGGAUUUCGGUGACAGGACAUUGACUCAGAAGCUUCUGACGGAUGCCGGCGCUGAUUCCCUAGAUGCUGUUUUGGCAGCCGUGGGUGCGGCCUGUUCUGUACGGCGAAACACUUUCCCAGCACCAGAAGACGGAGAAUUGCUUGACGUGUACAAACUGGAGGCAUGCGUCUACAGCUGA